CGCAGGGAGGAAAUGCUGCUCGACCUGUGCCACUUCCAGACAGAUGCUUUGCGUAUUCUGAAUGAGCUUUUGUCCUGUUUAGCUGAUUUUUCUUUGCCUUGCUUUACCGAAGCAGGUAGUGCGUGUGAUUACGUUUGUCGAUGUACUUUCAGACUCGUGCUGAACGUCGCUGGGGCAAUUGCCGGUCAUCUGAAACGCGUCGAAGAGGAAACGACGAUGACAGAAGCAUCCAGCGAACGUUGCUUUUGUUUCGACAUUGUUCUGGAUGCAGUUCGAGUCGUGAGAUCGUUUGAAGAUGACAGCCUGCUGACCUCCGUCAUUUCGUGCCUCACGUUGUGUUCGCCCUCUGAAUCUUUUUUGUCUCGUUUCUGUGACUUUUUGUUGCGGACCUCGUUGUCGCUGCUUCGACUGAACAAAAGAACGACUCAAGUCUGUGAUGUCACCAGUAAACAACGAAGGCAACAUAAAACCUUCGUUCACAGCUUUCAUCACUCGUUGUACUUCACGUAUAACGGUGAAAACGAGCCUCCGGGUCCGUGUGUUCUGUCGUCCAUCGAAAGUGUCGUUUUUCGGUGUUUGGAGAACGUUGGCGACGAUUGUUGCCAGUCGAUUUGUAUGGAUACGCUGGAGAAAUAUCCCACGUGCUGCUGCUUCCCGCUCGAAACCUACCUCCUGUUUUUCGUUAAACAUUACCAUGAGUUCAGUCGAGAGUUGAGGUCUCGAUUUUCACGUUGUGCUCCCAUUGAGGGUGCCAUCACAAACGGUCGAAACGAGGAAGCGGCGGGGGUGAUUUUUUCAGAGGCGUUUUCCUCGUUACUCGACACACUGGACAGCCCGGACAGGGGUCUUCUGUUGAAGCAGUUGUUUCCGGUCAUGGCCGGGCAGCCCGACAUAUUUCGCCAUCAGCUAUUCGUCGGAUGUAUCGCAGAACGCGUCGCUGACGCCUUGCAGUUUAUCCGUCGAUCAGGCGGUCUUCAGCUUUGGGCGAACGUCGCUUUGGCGCGUCUCCUGUUGAAAUUCGCAUCUGUAUGCCUGGUCCGCAGUGGCUACUACUCUUUUCGAACGAUCGUGUUUCCUUUGUUGGACGAAAUGCUGACUUUGGAGGGCCUGCAGCUGAUGACUACGAGGUUGGUGAUCCGUGCGGCUGUGGUCGAACAGCAGUUGGUUCAGGAGAUUGGGCCGAUCGACCAGGAACUGACCUCAGUCCAACAGUUCGUUGGCCGUCAUCUGUUGUCGUUCUUUACCGUCAUUGAAAAAGACGUACAUUCGUUCGUGUUCGGGAAUUCAGACGGUUUUCUAUGUGUAUUCGUGCACGUGAUGCGAAUGUGCACUUCCAUUUUUAUGCUGUGUGAUCACUUCCGACGGCAGAUGGUCGCUGCCGAGGCAAAGAACAAGCCGAUGACUACGUUUUUUCUUUCUUUGCUACAUUUCGUUUGCAAGACUGAUACCAAGCUCCUUGGAAAGUACCAAGGACGACUGGACAACGUCCUUAAGACAUCACUGCAUCUUCUGGACCUGCUGUUCACGCGAGCCGUUGACAAGGUGAGUCCUGUGCUGUACAAUAUGUGGAAGGUCGGCCAGGUAUCACCGGACUUGGACAGCAAAGUUCGGGGGCUGAUUUUGAACGCUAAAUCCAGGAACUUGCCUCUGUUGGUGAGGAUUUUUCUUAAGCAAAUCGUGACAAAGGAAACAAAGCUAAAUAUGAGGAUGGCUGACGAAUCGGCUGGAAGUCUGGUAUACGCGGGUCAUGAGACGAACUUGACGCUUGCAAACGAGGAGGAUGGGUACAAGUCUGAUUCAGAGUCAUCUGAUGUUCCAGGUUCGUUGUGA